UUAACAAAAUAAAACCCCAGCUGCUGCAACAAAAAGCGCCAGGAAACAACUAGAAAAUAAACUACAACCGGAACCACAUCUGUCACACCUGUCAACCGCACAAUUGGCGGCAAAUGACGUCUUUCCGCCACAAGAUGGCCGCCGGCGGCGCGCGCAGGCUCGGCCGCGGUCCGCACACGCGCACUUUCCUUGUACCCCAAUCGAUAGUGCAACUCAAGUCGCACAACAGCCUGUUGGCAGCGCGAGUUUCACGACGUAUUUCUGAUCUGAGAGGAUUUUUCGGGACUAUAUAGAGUGCAUAAAACGUCAAGGUGUCUGUGUCCAGCAGUGUUCUGCCGGGGGCCAUCACUAUGAAGAUGCUGGCAGCACCGGACGGGCCUGCGAUCUCGCCCGUCGAUCCUUCGGGCGAAUGGCACGGCGCGACAUUCUGGUUGCUAGUGCUAGGAGCGGGCGCGUUGGCGCUCGCCACGCUCGCCGGGAUCGCCUGCUGGCUCGCCAAGCGACGCAACUCGCUGCACAAGCUAGGAGGCAAGCGCGGCCCAGACAAGGCGCUAGUGUUCCAGCCGCCACGCCGCGCAACCGCCGUGCGGUCUCCAGGCUCAGCGACCCACUACCUGCGCAAGUCUCCGUCACCUACCGCACCGACUGCGCCAUCAGCUACCUCGCCACCUAACGCACCGAUCCCGCCGCAGAUCCCGUCAUCCGGCGGCAACAGCCCGCACACGCCGACGGCGCCCGAGCCGGCGCCGCUGAGCAAGGAGCUCGCCGACGCCAAUGCCACCGAGAAGCCGAACAAGCCAGCAGACUCCGACAACAGCGAGGGAAGGCUCGGGGACUUGCAUUUCAAACUGCGAUAUGAGAACGAGAAGAACGCAUUGGUGGUGUCGGUGGUCUCCUGCCAGGGCUUGCCAGGGCGCGAGCCCGCGGGCCCCGACCCCUAUGUUAAACUGCAGCUGCUGCCGGACAAACAACAUAAGGUCAAGACCAGGGUGGUACGCAAGACCCGCUGCCCCGUAUACGACGAAGAUUUCACCUUCUACGGCCUGGCGCCGCACCAGCUCCCUGCCAUCACGCUGCACUUCGUUGUGCUUAGCUUUGACAGAUAUUCCCGGGAUGAGAUAAUCGGCGAGGUGGUGGCGCCACUGUCGACGCUUCAGCUGCAGAGCGGCGAGGCCAUGGCGCUGUGUCGCGAGAUCCAACCCCGUAGUCUCAAGAUGCGCAGCGUGGGCCGCGGCGAGGUGCUGGUGUCGCUGUGCUGGCAGCCGGCCGCCGCGCGCCUCACCGUGGUGCUGCUGAAGGCGCGCAACCUGCCCAAGAUGGACGUCACCGGCCUGGCCGACCCAUACGUGAAAAUGUACCUGCUGUACAACGGGCAGCGCAUCGCCAAGAAGAAGACGCACGUGAAGAAACGCACGCUGAACCCCGUGUUCAACGAGUCCUUCGUGUUCGAGGUGCCAGCCGCGCCCAACGCCGCUCUAGAUCAUGUGGCGCUAGAACUGCUGGUCCUGGAUUGGGACCGUGUCACCAAGAAUGAGGUGAUCGGUCGACUGGAGCUGGGCGCCAAUGGUGCCGGCUCGGCGCGGCACCACUGGCGCGAGGUGCAGGCCGCGCCGCGCCGCCAGAUCGCCGACUGGCACAAGCUCAAGGAGUGAGACGGCCUGAUA